AUGGUAACAUAUGCAUUCUCUUGUGAAAGAUUUACUUUUGAAGAAGGCUUCGACGAUUUAUUUUCAUCGGAGUUGGGGUUUUGUUCAAUUAUUCACGAAAUAGCUCAUAAAUGGGCAAUCGGGACUUUUGAAAGUAUAAACAUAAAAAGUUUCAACGAGCGUAGUACACAGUUUAUAUAUCCGAAUGAGCAAAUUAGCUGCGUCUCAUCACCGUAUUAUGAUAUGAUACCUGGUGGUACUAUUGAAGUGAACGUAUUUAUGGCUAAUCAUUUGUCUUUUGAUCUAAUACAAGUUACGGUAUUGGAUGAACACAAUGCAGAUGCAGGCACACGUACCAAAUGGGGUUAUGAAUUUGCUGAAGGCUGGGGCACUAUUCAAAUUACCAUACUAGGCAGAUCACCGUUCAGGGGCCUUUUUUCUAUUUUAGGCAUGGCUUCGGCACAUUCCACUGUCUUAGUAGAUUCUAUUCGGUAUUUACCACCCGGAAUAUCCGAAAGCGAUUGCUUACUAUAUGAAACAGAUGAUGAUGAUAGCAAUAAUGUUACCACUGACGGUAUUAUCAUUGAUACCACCGAUGUUACUAUCGAUAAAACCACAAAUUAUACCACCGAUGUUACUAUCGAUAAAACCACAAAUUAUACCACCGAUGUUACUAUCGAUAAAACCACAAAUUAUAUAUUAUACACCGAUAAUAUGACGGAUAACAACACUCACGAUAUUACGGAUGUUACUACUACCGGUGAUGCAAAUAGUAGUACCGAUGAUACUACCUUGGCUGUCACUGAUGAUGCCUCUGAUGAUACCACGGACAACAUCUCUAAUGACAGUACGGAUGUUAUCCCCACUGAAUCUACAAUAAGAGAGAGCGGGGAAGAUAUUUCGACAAGUCCAACCCCCAUUUGUGACCACGGUAAAGAUGGUUUAUUUGCUCGACUUAAGAUGGCAAUAUUAGUUGCUGUGAAUGUCUCCGGUGAAGUAGUAGCACCUAACCCAGCGUGCCAAUGCCAAAACAAUUUACCUUAA